GAGGCGGGAGUGACACGUGACAGUGGGCGAUGCGUGAGGCGGCGGUACACGUGACGCGGGCAGGCCACGUGAGGCGGGAGGAAGCGCGUUGGGCGGGGCGGACGCACGUGACGCCGCCGGGCGCCGCCACGUGACCGCCGGGCGCCCCCACGUGUCCCUGGCUCGGCCCGGCCAUGGCGGGCGCGGUGGCGGCCGCGGGCUCCGUGGAGCAGUUCCAGAAGCUGCUGCAGCGCCCGGACAGGUCCCUGGUGGUGGUGCACUUCUGGGCGCCGUGGGCUCCGCAGUGCGCGCAGAUGAACGAGGUGAUGGCAGCGCUGGCCCGCGAGCACAGCCAGGUCACCUUCGUGCAGCUGGAAGCUGAGGCUGUGCCUGAAGUGUCUGAAAAAUAUGGAAUUAGUUCUGUUCCAACGUUCUUGUUCUUUAAGAACUCGCAGAAGGUGGACCGCCUGGACGGCGCGCACGCUCCGGAGCUGACGCAGAAGGUGCAGCGGCACGCGGCGGGCACGGCGGGCACGGGCGGCCCCGGCGGCGCUGCCCCUGCCCAGGAGCAGCUGCACGCCCGCCUCAGGGGGCUCAUCAACGCGGCCCCCUGCAUGCUGUUCAUGAAGGGCUCUCCCAAGGAGCCCCGCUGCGGCUUCAGCAGGCAGAUGGUGGAGAUCCUGCAGAAGCACGGCGUGGCCUUCAGCAGCUUCGACGUCUUCUCUGACGAGGAGGUUCGCCAGGGCCUCAAAGCCUUCUCCAACUGGCCCACCUACCCGCAGCUCUACGUGGCUGGGGAGCUCAUCGGGGGCCUGGACAUCGUCAAGGAGCUCGAGGCAUCAGGAGAGCUGGACACGAUCUGCCCAAAGGGCCAGAAGCUAGAGGACAGGCUUAAAUCCUUGAUAAACAAAGCUCCUGUGAUGCUGUUCAUGAAGGGAAACAAACAGAUGGCAAAAUGUGGCUUCAGCAAGCAAAUCAUAGAAAUCAUGAAUAACACUGGCGUGGAUUACGAGACCUUUGACAUCCUGGAGGACGAGGAGGUGCGCCAGGGGCUGAAAUCCUUCUCCAACUGGCCCACGUACCCCCAGCUGUACGUCAGAGGGGAGCUGGUGGGGGGGCUGGACAUUGUCAAGAAAACAUUUCUAUUUUCUUGGAGUUGUUGGAGCAGCCCCAGAGUUCCCAAAUCCUCCUGAGCCCAUUCCUGGAUGGUUCAGAGCCAAUUCCUCAGACUGGGGCUCCCGGGGAUGCUCAAUCAAUAAAUCCCAUUUAAUUCUAAAAUUA